UCAGGGAAACGUUGUGUUGUUUGGCCGCGGCGGGACGUGAAAAAACUACGAGAAAACUGCAAAUUAGAGACGACCUAUAACUACGAGGACCCCGGAGACACGAGGGACAAGUAAAGUGAGGCUGACGGAACGUGAUAAGCCAGCCAGGAGUGAGGGAGGCGAGGAGCAGGGCGCGGGAGAGGCUCGAAAAGGCAGCCGCGCACUGUGAUGACCCAAGGGUGACCAAGAGUGAGAGGAUGAGGUCAAGGGAGAGGUCAAGGUCACGGGAGAGGUACCAGAAUGGGUCACGAGUGCGGGGCAGGAGUGGGUCGAGGCCGAGAAGAUCAAGGUCAAGAGAGAGAGUGAAGAGGUCAAGAUCAAGGGACAGAAGGGCAAGCUCGAGAGACAGAAUCAAGAGGUCAAGAUCCAAGGAGAAAUCCAGAAGGUCAAGGGAUAGAGUCAGGUCAAGGUCAAGGGAUAGAGCCAGGAGGUCAAGGUCAAAGGAAAAAGUCAUUAUAAAAAGGGAGAGGUCAGAGUCUGGGUCAAGUGAGGAGGAAAGCAGUGAGGCAGAGGCAGAAGAGAGGUCAGAUGCUGGGUCAAGUUCAGAAGAGAGUGAUGCCAGCAGGUCGCCGUCGAGGGAGAAGGAACGGGAGAGGUCAAAGGUCAGGGAGAGCAGGUCACACUCCAGGGAGAGGAAGAGGAAGAAGUUGAGCUCCAGGAAGAGAGAAAUGGUGAAUGUGAGGGAGAGAAGGGAGAGGAGAGAGAGGUCAGUUUCAAGGGGGAGGAGAGAUUGGCCAGAUUCAAGGGAGAGGAAAGAGAGGAGGGAAAGAAGAUCAGUUUCAAGGGAGAGGAAAGAUAGGUCAGUUUCAAGGGAGAGGAGAGAUAGAAGAUCAGUUUCAAGGGAGAGGAAAGAUAGGUCAGUUUCAAGGGGGAGGAGAGAUAGAAGAUCGGUUUCAAGGGAGAAGAGAGUUAGAAGAUCGGUUUCAAGGGAGAGAAGAGAGAUACAAGUUUCAAGGGAGAGGAGGGAGAGGACAUCAGUUACAAGGGAGAGAAGAGACAGGUCAGUUUCAAGGGAGAGAAGAGACAGAAGAUCAGUUUCAAGGGAGAGGAGGGAGAGAAGAUCAGUUUCAAGGGAGAGGAGGGAGAGAAGAUCAGUUUCAAGGGAGAGGAGGGAGAGAAGAUCAGUUUCAAGGGAGAGGAGGGAGAGAAGAUCAGUUUCAAGGGAGAGGAGGGAGAGGAGAUCAGUUUCAAGGGAGAGGAGGGAGAGAAGAUCAGUUUCAAGGGAGAGAAGAGACAGAAGAUCAGUUUCAAGGGAGAGGAAGAGAACACCAGAAUCAAGAGAGAAAAGAAAGAGAUCACAUUCAAGGGAGAAGAGAGAAAGAAGAUCAGCCUCUAGAGAAAGGACGGAGAGAAGAUCAGGAACAAGAGAGAGAAAGAAGAGAUCACAUUCACGAGAGAAGAGAGAAAGAAGAUCAGCCUCUAGAGAAAGGUCGGAGAGAUCAGGAACAAGAGAGGGAAAGAAGAGAAGAUCACAUUCACGAGAGAAGAGAGAAAGAAGAUCAGUCUCGCGGGAGAAGAGGGAGAUGAGAAACAGGUCCCCAUCACGAGAGAGGGAGAGGGAGAUAUCACGCAAGAGAGAAUCAGCGUCGAGGGGCAUGGAGAGGUCACACUCGAGAGGAGGAGGGAGGAACCGGUCACCCUCUCGCUCGAACUCAGGGGAGCGAGAGAGACAGGUCACCAAACACGCCAAGAAGAAACAGAAGGAGAAAAAGAAACAGAAGAAGAAGAAACAUGGAAAAAAAUCCACCUCCUCCUCGUCUUCCACCUCGUCCAUGUCAUCCUCGGAGUCUGAUGGGGAGGCAGACGGAGGGGCGAACUUCAUGGAGAGGCUGCAGGAGGAACGGGCGCGGGCCUUGGAUCAGAAGCUGUCCCUCAAGAAACAGAAGAAGCAGCUCGAGACGCCAGCUGAGAAGAGGCUGAGGAGGCUGCAGAAGAAGGAAGCCAAGGAGAGGAAGAGGAAGGAGAAGAUGGGUUGGGACAGCGAGUACCUCCACUUCACUAACGCCGACAACCCUUACGGCGACAACAACCUUCUCGACACGUUCAUAUGGAAGAAGAAGCUGGAGAAGGAGGGGCUCACGGACCUCACCAGAGAGGACAUAGAGAAGAGGAGCCGCGAAAAAAUGGACGAGAACCGCAUGGAGCUGGAGAAGGUAAAGAAGAGGCGGCAGGAGAGGGAGAUGGAGCGGCAGGAACGGGAGAAGAUCAUGGAGCUGGAGCAGAGGCAGCGCGAGGCGGCACAGUUCUCACAGUUCUCGAGGCAGGAGGACCAAUUUCAGCUUGAGCAGGCCAGACUGCGGUCACAGAUUCGCAUUCAGGACGGCCGGGCCAAGCCAAUCGACCUCCUGGCCCAGUACGUGAGCUCCGAGGGAGACGUGAGUGCGGUGGACAUGCACGAGCCGUACACCCACCUCACGGGGCUCACCCUGGUGGACCUGGAGGACCUGCUGGAGGACAUCAGGGUGUACAUGCAGCUGGAGAAGGAGGACAUCAACCAAAGCUACUGGAACGACCUCAUCACCAUAGUCCAGGACGAGCUGCGGCGCCUCAGACAGAGGGACGCCGCCUCCGUCGACCUCUCUGCGCACCACCGCCAGGGGAUCCACGCUGCCGUCGCCUCCGAUGUGUCCACAGUCUUCACCAAUAAGUCCGUGGCGGAACUAAACCAGCUGCAGCGGAACAUUGAGUCCAAGCUUGCCGGGCCCACCACAGGCCUGGACAUUGGUUACUGGGAGUCUCUUCUCUCACAACUCAGAGCCCACCAAGCCAGAGCCAGACUGAGGGAGAGACACAGAGACAACCUGAGGAAGAAACUGGAGAUGCUGAAGGCAGAGCAGGGCGUCAAGGAGGAGGAGGAGGAUGAGGACGAUGAGGAGGGCCAGGAGGAGAGGCGUGUUGAGGCGGCAACCAUCACAGUGAAGGAGGAAGUGCCGAGUGAAGAAGAGAUUGAGGAAGAGGAGAGAGCCAGGAAGAAGAGGAAGAAGAGAAGGGAGACAGGAGACACUGAAAUCCCCGAACCAAGUGAGGUAAAGGAAGAGCGAGACAAAGAAGAAAAGGAAGAAAACGAAGAGGAGGAAGGGGAGAAGGAGGAGGAAGGGGAGAAAGAGGAGAAAGAGGAAAAAGAGGAAAAAGAGGAAAAUGAUGAAGAGGAGGGUGAGGAAUGGACCUCAGACCACGAGGGUGACACAGCGAUCUCCACCUCCCUGGCGGCGUAUGCGGCGGGGCGUUACUCCCCGCGCCUACUGGCCCCCAACAAGCUGGAGCCGGGGACGGUGGUGGUGGACCCCGAGGAGGACGAGCAGCGGCUGUUGUGGGCACGACAGCGGGUGGUGGGCGCCGGGCAGCCUGUGGAGAAUGUGUUGACGGCGGAGGAGAAGGUGAUGCAGCGGGAGGCACAGCGGGCGAUGACCAGCGAGGAGGCCCAGUUCAGUGUGGAGGCGAGGCUGGACCCCCAACACUUCCUCUGGUCAGACAAGUACCGGCCACGCAAACCCCGAUACUUCAACCGCGUCCACACUGGCUUCGAGUGGAACAAGUACAACCAGACUCAUUACGACAUGGACAACCCCCCGCCCAAGAUCGUCCAGGGCUACAAGUUCAACAUCUUCUACCCAGACCUCAUCGACAAGUCCAAGACCCCACAGUACGAGCUCGUCCCCUGCAGCGACAACCGGGACUUUGCGCUGCUCAAGUUCACUGCCGGGCCGCCCUACGAGGCUAUCGCGUUCAAGAUCGUCAACCGCGAGUGGGAGUACUCCUACAAGAGGGGCUUCCGCUGUCAGUUCCACAACAAUAUUUUUCAGCUUUGGUUCCACUUCAAGCGUUACAGAUACAGGAGGUAGUGGAGUGGUUGUGACGUUAACUACUGUGAGGGUGUUCUAAGAGGGGGGUGAGGUAGGCUGCAUUUACUAAAGGGUGGAGAGCAUGGAAGGGUCUGCUAGGAAGGUAAGAAGGGGUGAUUAUACUGAGUUAUCUGGUGAAGGAAUGGACUAGAAGGUGUGUUGAAUAGGGUGAGGAAGGCUGCACAAGAGUGAGGUGUUGGGUGAGGUGAAUGCAAAGGACUGUACUAGGUUAUGAGGAUGUGAUUUUGGAUGGUAAAGAAGAGCUGUACCAGACUUAGGUGUUGGUUGAAAGGGAUGCGAGGACUGCAGGGUUAGGGAAGGAUGUGUCUGCAGGGUGUACUUGACUAUGGUGUGAGGAGGGUGUGUUAGGAGGGUCAGAAGAGUUGUAUCGGACUUGGGUGUAGGGUGAAAGGGCUGCCAAUGGACUAGGAUGUUGAAAGAUUAUGUUGAGGGUGAUGCCCCCUUCACACUGUGCCAACUCUGGGCCACAAUAACUCAGCAACUCGGAGUACACGAGGUCUUGGGCGUGAAAUUUUUAUGUGAAAGGGUCGCACAUGAUGGAAAGAGGUCUAGAAAUGAUCGCCAGAUGCUAAUUCGCCACAGUGUGAAGGGGGCUUAGAAGUCGCUGGGUUGUCGUGGCCCAGAGUCGGCACAGCGUGAACGGGGCCUAAGAAGUGCUGUACAAGACUGGAGUGUUUGGUGUGUAAACUGUAGGGUGUCAAGAGGGUGAGGAUUAGGUUUGGGUGUAGGGUAUACCAGUGAACUAGGGCAUUGAAAGGUUAUGUUGGAGGGUAGGAAACACUGUGCUAGACUGGAGUGUUAGGUGUGUGGUGAAGGGAGGGUGGGCAAGUGAGGGUGAGGGUUGGGAUAGGGUACAGGGGAAAGGGGAUGCAAAUGGGCAGUGGGGAGGAGAGGUUAAGGGGAAUCAAGGAGUCUAAACAAACAUACAUCUCUGAGGAGUGCAGUGCAACCCGCCAUUUUUGUUUAAUUUUCAAGGCGUUAUGUUAAGGGGCUAUUACACUGGGCAAAUUUUCCGUGGAUCUAAACUUCUAAAGUCAAACCACAAUUUCCGCUAUCUUGGUUCUCAUUCGUUUCUUGUUAUUGCUGCUGAUGAUGAUGGUGAGUAAUACCGUCUUCCUUUGGUGAAAUCUACUGUAGCUUUGGAAGAUCGUGGACUCGUCAGAAAACCACACCAGCGGAAAUUGUGGUUUGACUGAAGAUCCACGGAAAAUUUGCCCGGUGUAAUAGCCCCUUUAGUAAAUGUGUUCUGGAUUUUACAUUGAAGGUGUCAUGUGUUUGUAAUGUUGUAUCAGAGUUUUGUAAAUAACUGAAAUCUUCCAAUACUCACCAUGUAAUGCACCAUGGAUAUCAGCUGUGAUGUCUUGGUGUGUAUGGCGAGUGUUGGUCCUCCAGAUAACACAGAGGCCGGCCAGAUUCACAGCUCCUCUUGAUUAUGUUCACGUGGCAGGUGAAGAUGUGUGGCCCUUCAUGCUUCCUUGAUAGUGGCAGGAUGACUUAGCUGGUAAUAGAAUGAAUAGUUAAGUAUGUACAGUUGUACGAGAUAUUUUUUAAAUGAACUUCAAUUGCCUA